AUGUCAGAAGAUGAUAAGCAUAGUAAUGUUAUCACAAAUUCAAGCAUUGAUAAUGAUAAUCAAGCUACUGAUCAAUCUAUCGAUAUGGAAUUUGGAAGUAAGCCUCUUGGAAAAAAAAUUUUGGGAUGUGGUGAAAUUCGUUGUGGUGAAAAUAUCGCAUACGUUACGGUUGGUAUAAUUUUCCGUGAACGUAAUGAUGGUAAUUUGGAGUUAUUACUUACGCAAGAAGCAAAACGACGAUGUUUGGGAAAAUGGUAUAUUCCAGCUGGACGUGUUGAACCGGGUGAAACAAUAUUGGAAGGUGUUGUGCGAGAGGUAUUCGAGGAAACAGGUUAUAAAUGUGAGCCAGAAGAAUUAUUAAGUGUAGAGGUACAAGGCUCUGGUUGGUAUCGAUUUUCAUUUUAUUGCAAUAUCAUUGGUGGUGAACGUAAAGUAAUCGCUGAUAUUGAAUCAUUAGGCGCUGAUUGGUUUUCAAUAGAUGAAAUUAAAGCAAAAAAAGUUGAUUUAAGGGCAUCUGAUUUUCUAAAAAUUGUUGAAGAAGGAAAAGCAUAUCGUGAAAAGCGCGAACAAUUUGCUAAUAGUUUAUCACGAUUCUUGCCAAUUCCUAUUUCAGUUGAUGGAUUAUUCAUCGAAUUUGCAAUUCUGCGAACAAUGAAGUAA